GAUUAAAAUUAUGAUUCAUAUUGCAUUCACAUUUCAUUUCGGAAGUCAUUCCGAUCCUAUAUCUAAAUAAAGUCAUGCGUUGUAAUUAAAUUUUAUAUAAAUUUUAUAAAAUUCUCCGUAAACGCACUAUUCCUUGAACUAUUUUUUUUUUUCAUCAAAAGUGACUUUACUUAAUAUACUUAUUUAUUUCUAAAUUGUAUGAUUAAUUACUUUUCAUAUUGUAUUUAAAUCCUAAAAAACUGCAAAAUGAGUCAGUCACGUCUUGCAUCAUGUAUACCAUUACCAAUAGAUAAUAAAUUACUAAUUAGUGUUGUUGAAAAGGCAAAAGAUUGGGCUUUAAUGCAUGGUGUUGGUAUGAGGGAUAAAAAACAUUUUUCAAAGGAUUCGAUACAGAUUGCACCGUUUGUUCUGCUGCCAUCCCCUUUUCCUCGCACUGAGUUCACAAAAGCUAUCGAGUUGCAGCCAGUUUUGAAUGAACUUAUGCAUAAAGUGGCACAUAAUGACGAAUUCCUUGAGAAAACACUCCAGAAUGCACUACAAGUGGACGAUUUUACAGCUAAGCUUUAUGACGUCUGGUUAAAAGUCCGUGAAGAGGGAAUAACACAGCCGAUUUCAUUAGGCAUGCUGCGUUCGGACAUCAUGCUGGAGUCGCGUUGUCCGCACACGGAGAGCCAAUGCGCGAAACACACGCCGUACUGCUCGUGGAAGCAAGUGGAAAUCAACAGCAUAGCGUCCGGGUUCGGCCACCUUGGGCCGUCCCUCAGCCUGGGCCUGUUCCGUUCGGAUUAUCUGAUGCAGCAGCCGGACAGCAAUCGGAUAAAACAAGUGGAAUUUAACACGGUCGCGGCGAGUUUUGGCGCCAUCACGUCAAACCUGCCCACCAUGUAUCGUUAUGUCAUGAGGCAGUUGGGACAUGGGGAGCUCAUUAAAAAUAUGCCCGAGAACCGUGCUCUCUCCGGGUUGUGUUCAGGCAUAAUAGAGGCAUACGACCUCUUCGCUGUGCCCUCGGCUGUCGUCAUAUUCGUCGUAGAGGAGGUCUCUUACAAUAUAUGUGACCAGCGUUUCCACGAAUUUGAAAUAUCCGAGAAACGGCCUGAUAUCAUGAUUUAUAGGAAAACCCUGGGCGAAAUAUACGAAGAGACUGAAUUGAACGAUAAAAAGCAACUGAUUUUAGAUGGUCAACCAGUGGCUGUGGUGUACUACAGGUCGGGUUACGAGCCCGAUCAGUACCCCUCAACUAAGGAGUGGGACGCCAGACUGCGAGUGGAAAGAUCCUCAGCGAUAAAGUGCCCGUCCAUCCACUACCAACUGGCGGGCACGAAGAAGGUGCAGCAGGCGCUGGCGGCGCCCGGCGUGCUGGAGACGUUCAUGUCGGAGGGCGCGGUGACGUCACGCGUGAGGGACAUCUUCACCGGCCUCUACUCGCUAGACUUCGACGAGGGCGGAGAGAGGGCCGUGGAAAUGGCCCUCGCUGAUGCGGAGAAGUUCGUCCUGAAACCCCAACGGGAGGGGGGCGGCAACAACUUGUAUGGAGCGGACGUGAGGGAAGCGUUGCUGCGGAUGAGGCACAGUAGGGAGAGAGCUGCUUAUAUACUUAUGGAAAGAAUCCUGCCUCCAUUGGUAUCUGGCUACGUAGUGCGUCCAGGUGCGGCCGUGCCGCCACCGUUGAGUGAUUUAGUGUCGGAAUUAGGCAUUUUUGGUGUAAUCAUUGGAAACAAAGAUAAGAUUUAUUGCAAUCGCCAAGUGGGUCACAUGUUGCGCACUAAGUUGGCGGACGCGAACGAGGGGGGCGUGGCCGCCGGACUCGGCGCUUUGGACUCGCCGUAUUUACUUGAUUUAUAAUAUAUUAUUGUGUUUUUUAUCUAUAUUUUUAUGUAUGUAUAAAUGAGGUAUUUGAAAAAAGUGCAUUUUGAGAAAAUAUUUUUUUUAAUAAUUAUUUUUUAUGCGACUCCUAUGGUUGUUUUUUCCUGAAUUAUGCAUGCAUAAACGUUUUAUCUAAUAUUUCAAGAGAAAUGUUGACUUAGGUUUCUAUGUCUCCUAGCUGGGGCAGAGGGAAUCAACAGUGUUCCAGUUGUGUGAAGAGAAAUGUAAUAAUGAUCAAAUUUUUAAUAAUGUUGCAAUAUUUUUUGAAUUAUGCAAUUCAACAAAUUUAAUUACAAGGUUGCCAUAUUUUGUGCACCUUCUUUUACAUUUAUAUGUGUAAAUAUAACGUUAUUAUGUUAAUUGCCAGGAGCGAAUGCGUUUAGGGUUGAUACUGUCUUAAUAUAUUUCAAUUGAAUUUACUACCAAAAUCAAUUAUUUGCUAUGACAUUUUCUUUUGUAUUUUGAUAUUAUGAGAUUGAUGGUUUAUGUCAAAGUUAUUGUAUAUUUUUAUACCACGAUUGUAACUUUUAUUGAGAUUUGAUACAUUAAAAUGUUGACAUAAAUAUAAGAAUUGGUAUAAAAACAAGGUACGUUUAGGAGGUGUGUUGCCUGAUUUUUAAAAUUAAGUCGCAUUUAGUUAUUUUUUAUAACUGCUCGAAAAUCCAUAAUUGUUAUCCAGAUAGUUAAAUAUGAUAUUUGUACACAUGAACCAAAAAUAUAAAUUAAAUUUAUAUCUAUUUAAUUUUAGAUAUAAAAUUUGACUUGUACUUAUGCUUACCGUAUUUUCGUCAUAAACAUUCCUAAAUCUUAUGUAAAUACAAUGCAAAUUAUAAAGGAACUAUAAAUUUAAUUUCGACUAUUCGUUUUUUAUAUACUUAGGUUUACGCACAUAAAAUUGUUUACGUGCAUAGUUUUAAGAAAUUCCACGGUGAUGUCGGUGCUAUUUUGGGCGUAAAAAUCAUAUUAGAAAUGUAGCUGAUGGAAAUAAAUAUUUGAAUACCA